AGUACUGUAUAAAUUAAAGUAGGAGCCGAAAGUGAGCUGAGUAUGACGUAGUACUGUGUCUGGUAACAAGUGGGAGGUCUGAGGACAUUUUUUUUUUACCGAUAGCUACUGGGUUUUCGAGGGCGCGAGUUUUAUUUUCGAUAGGCGUAUUGUUUACUGUUCAUUCCUGCACGUUCCAGAAGUGGGAAAGCUCUGAAUAGUUUUGGUUUUCAAAGAUGCAGAUGCCAAGUUCAAGCCUCUUGAACUUAACUGAGUGGCAGAAAAAUUACUUUACUGUUACUUCGGGUAACUGCUUACCUAGACAGAAGGCCGAUGCCUUUCGUGCACAGAUAUUACAAAUUCAGUAUGCAUGGGCAAACUCUGAAAUCUCUGAGGCCUGUGCUACCAACCUCUUAAAAAAAUAUACUGAAAAAUAUUCUGCUAUUAUUGAUUCUGACAAUCCUGAGACUGGGGUUAAUAAUUAUGCUGAUAGUGUCUUGUCUUUGGUAAAAUGCCCUCGAAAUGACAGUAAGAAGUGGAAGUCCUCUCUAACACCAGAUAAUGUUUUUAAUCUAAAGUGUGUACAAGAGAUGUUGGAGGCUGGGAGAAAGGGAAAGAAUGCUGUAUCACCAGCAGAUGCCUCUGUAGUGGUUGGAAAAGAGGUCAGUGCUUCAGAUAAUGGCAUUCAUCUUCCAGUUAUGGGUAACAGCAGAACUGGGGACUCCAACUGUAAGAUGUCAAGAAGUUUAGAAAACACAUUAGAUCAUGCUCCAACAGAGACCUCUUCAUUGGUGCAGUGUGUCCAAAACACUACACAGUUUACUGCUUCUAAACAGAUCUUAGCUCCGGGUGCAGCUUCCUUGUUUUACAAUGUGGCAUCUAAUAAAACUUUCUUAAACACACCGUUUGCAGCAAGUGAAAGGAGUAAUAAUUAUUCAGGUUCUGUGCAACCUGCCCAUGGGUCAAAUUUAGCAGGCAGUACUGGAUCAAGGCAGCACAGUGUUUUUCCUGGCCACUCUGCUGCUUCCACAUCAUCCAGCAGUGCAGCCAAACGAAAAGCUUUUUAUGAAUCUAGUGAUGGAAGUGGCAAACUGAAUGUUAGUAGUGCCUUUUGCCAUAACCAAAACCCUGCUUCUCUACAGCAAAAGUUUUACUCUGGGAAUGGAAAAAGUGAGGAAGAAAACAGUGGGGCUGGUUUCAAAACUGCAAAGGAACAACUCUGGGUAGAUCAACAAAAAAAAUACAAUAACCAGUCUCAGCGAGUACCUUCCUUGUCAUAUGGUGGUGUAAAAAAAUCUUUGGGAGCAGGCAGAUCUCGGGGACUGUUUAGCAAGUUUGUUCCUCCAGUGCCGAAACAAGAAAGUGGGGAAGAAUAUGGGGGAAUGGCAUCAAAGCCUGCCUCUGGCUCUACAGAACCUGCUUUCCCUAUUGAUGACCGAUUAAAAAACCUAGAACCUAGAAUGAUUGAACUCAUCAUGAAUGAAAUCAUGGACCACGGUCCUCCAGUGAACUGGGAUGAUAUUGCAGGGCUGGAGUUCGCUAAAGCAACAAUAAAGGAGAUUGUUGUAUGGCCAAUGCUGAGGCCUGACAUAUUUACUGGGUUACGUGGCCCUCCUAAAGGAAUUCUCCUUUUUGGCCCUCCUGGGACAGGAAAAACAUUGAUAGGUAAAUGUAUUGCCGUUCAGUCUGGUGCUACUUUUUUCAGCAUCAGUGCAUCAUCCUUGACAUCAAAAUGGGUUGGAGAAGGGGAAAAGAUGGUCCGUGCACUUUUUGCAGUGGCACGCUGUCACCAGCCAGCUGUAAUUUUCAUUGAUGAGAUUGAUUCCCUUUUAUCUCAAAGAGUGGAUGGUGAGCAUGACUCUUCCAGAAGAAUUAAAACUGAAUUUUUGAUCCAGUUAGAUGGAGCAACUACCUCCUCAGAGGAUCGUAUCCUUGUAGUAGGAGCAACAAAUCGGCCACAAGAAAUUGAUGAAGCUGCUCGAAGGAGGCUAGUUAAGAGACUGUAUAUCCCUCUACCAGAAGCUUCAGCUAGGAAACAGAUAGUAGUUAACCUGAUGAUGAGUGAGAAUUGUUGCCUUAGUGAUGAAGAACUAGAAAGAAUCAUUGAGCGCUCUGAGGGUUUUUCUGGAGCAGACAUGACACAGCUCUGCAGAGAAGCUGCUCUUGGUCCAAUCCGUAGCAUUUCUGUCAUGGAUAUUUCAUCUAUUACCCCUGAUCAAGUCCGGGCUAUAGCUUACAUUGACUUUGAAAAUGCUUUUCAAACUGUUCGGCCUAGUGUUUCUCCAAAAGAUUUAGACCUGUAUGAAAAUUGGAACAGAACUUUUGGUUGUGGUCAUUAAUAGAGAUUGACAAAAUUUAAUAAGAUGAUUGACACUUUUGUAUUUCAGUGCGUUUCUUUCUGUAUAUUUGCUGGGGAUGAGAGGGUUUUCUACAAACAUUAAAACAUAAUUAUUGCUGAACAUGAGGAGUAGUGCUACACAUAUCCAGACCUAUAUCAUAGCUUUUGUUUGUUCCUUUUUAUUAGGUAAAUUAAUUUUUAUAUUUAACUAACAUGUGAGACGUGCCAUAAGGGAAAACUUAACAGAAUGUGAAUAUUUCAAAUCUGUCUAUUAAAUGAACAUGAGUAUAAUUGAUUGAGUCAUGAGAUGAUAAUAUACUACUCAAGUUGUAUAGCAGUCUUUAAUUUUACUGAAAAUGGAACCAGCCCCAGUAUACAGUGAGUGAUUCUAUGACUUUUAUACUGCAGUUUAGUGCACCUGUCUAACUUGCAUGAAGAAUGAACAGCUGUCCGUGACUUUGGAGGAUUCAUUCAUAUGUGUAUACAAUAUGCACAGUUCAGCUUGUCUUUUUUCAUGUAGCUGUAUAUUUAUUUAUUUCAUUAUUUAUUACUGAAGACAUAAGCCUUUUUGACUUAAGAUCUUAAGGAUUUCAUGACACCAGACUGUCAGUAUAUGCAUGUAUAAUAUGAUUAUAGUGAAAAAAGCUGGGAUGUCAGCUAUGGAUAUUCAGACGCAAAUGGAAAGUAUGACAUUUUCAGUUUAUGAAAGUGUCUUUGAAAUUAAGAAGGGCAAAACUGUAUAUUGUGUAGUCUGGACUGGGUUGUGCUUUUGGUCUAAUGGGUUGGGAGUAAAAGAUCUGAAAGUGAAUGAGGUGCCAGCACUAGCAAAGCCUACACUGUUGGGCUUGUAUUCAUAAUUGCUGACAGCAGUCAGAAAGCAAGAUUAUUAUUAUUCUCAUCUCACUCUUUGCUCAGUAGAAUGUAGUUGUGCACCUAUUUAAUUUCUUUGCAUUUACGUUAUAACUGUAGGUACAUAAACAUAAUUUCCAGUUAGCUUUACACUUUCAACAGCGAAACUGUUUUACUUAUUCAUGAAACUUUCAAAGGAUGUACAAACAGCGUAAAACAGUUUGCUUCCAAGUGUGUUCUAAAGAAAAGUGUAAAAUAUACAAUGUAGUAAAGCUCAGCUGUGAAAUCUAGCCAGAGUAAAGUAAAAUAGGUCUUAUUGUUGAGCUAGAUAGUUGUAGACUGCUAUUUUGCAGGUGCAGCGAAUUGAUCGCUACCUUCUGCGCAUAAGUAGUUACUUCAGGCAAUAUUUUCCUGGAUCUUAGUAAGUGUUGAUAAAGACAUACAAGUACUCAGAAAUAUGCAUGGGUUGGCAAAAGUUACAAGACUUCAGCAAUAUUUGUAAGGCAAUACAAUUUAAGAUUGUUGCAUGUCAGGUGUUCCAGGCAGUCUCUGGUUUUAUCCAAUUAUUUUUUUUAAGUAGUAACAUCAGUAGUAGUUGUUCAAAGCAAAGUCUUCCCUACCAUUAGACAAGUCUCAGAUGGACAGUGCUACAACUCAGUGAUCCCAUUUGGAGGCGUUGUAAGUGCUUAUUCUGCUAAAGAAUUGUUGGUGGCAUUGUGUCUGCUUCUCUUACAGCACUGGCAGUUAUUCACUAUGUUUCCCCCACGGUUGUGUAAUAGUGGAUUUAAAGUAAGUAAGAAGUAUGUGUGUUGUAUCCAGAUGAAGCUGUAACCUGUUGUUUGUCCAGUUAUAGCUUUGUCCAUAUGCACCACUAUUUGUAGGAGAACCACAUAAUAAAUCUCUGAAAACCCAUUUAUCAUGAUUUUAAGCAUGUUUUUAUAUUGUGAAAAGCCAUUUGUGCAGAAUCUGCAUAGUUUUUUCACUAG